CUUCCUCAGCCAAUCAUUUCACAGAAAGUGUGCAGACUCCUUUCAGUUUGCUUCGUUUACCCCAGGCCAGGUACACAGCCCAGGUGGGAAAUUAAAAGGCUGUAUCACCUGCUGCAUAGUGUAAAAAAUUAAGUCAACUGGAUUGUAGAAUAUCCUUUUCCUACCAUCUCAGGAAAGGCUAACUAGAGGCAAGGCUAAUGAUGACACAGAGGACUUUGUUUAGCAGAGGUGCGCUUCUGGCACAGCAGGUUGCGUUGGAGUACUCCCAGUCUACCGUAAUAGCGCCUUCUUCGUUGACACGCGUCCGUCGAACCAUGUCCUCAACGUCCAUUCCACCACCAGCAUGCCUGCUCAAACCCUUCGAGACUCCCCACCGCUACAUGUUCGGACCGGGACCAUCCAACGUGCCCCCCCGUAUCUUGGCAGCAGGGGGAAGACCAGUUAUCGGCCACAUGCAUCCAGAAAUGUUCGAGGUUAUGGAUCACAUUAAAAAGGGAAUCCAAUAUGCGUUCCAGACACAGAACAAAGUGACCAUUGCCAUGAGCGGUUCUGGACAUACUGCCAUGGAAUGUGCCAUUUUCAACACCCUGGAGCCUGGGGACAGUGUCCUUAUUGGAGUCAAUGGGAUAUGGGGUGAACGGGCAGCGGAAAUCGCAGAAAGGAUUGGUGCUAAAGUGAACACCAUAGUCAAACCCCCUGGUGGUUAUUUCACCAAUGAAGAAAUUGAACAGGCCCUGGCCAAACACAAGCCUGUGCUCUUCUUCCUCACACACGGAGAGUCCUCGUCUGGGGUUGCUCAUCCCAUUGAUGGCAUUGGGGAUUUGUGUUUCAAGCACAACUGUUUGUUCCUAGUAGACUCUGUGGCGUCACUGGGUGGCUUACCACUUUAUAUGGACAAGCAAGGCAUUGACAUCCUGUAUACAGGCUCCCAGAAGGUCCUGAAUGCCCCCCCAGGGACUGCACCCAUCUCCUUCAGUGAACGUGCAUGCAAUAAAAUCUUCAACAGGAAAACAAAGCCUGUGUCGUAUCUCCUGGAUAUGAGCUGGCUGGCCAAUUACUGGGGCUGUGACAGCAAGCCAACAAGAGUAUACCACCACACAGGGCCUAUAUCUGGAUUCUUCUCCCUAAGAGAGAGUCUGGCUGUCUUAGCAGAGAUGGGACUGGAGAACUCAUGGAGACGCCACAAAGAGGUGGCAGAGUAUCUGCAUAAGGGCCUGGAGGACAUGGGACUAAAGCUGUUUGUACAGGACAAGAGUGCGAGGCUGCCGACAGUUACCACGAUUGUAGUCCCCGCAGGGUAUGACUGGAAGGAGAUUGUUGCUUACACUAUGAAACACCACAAUGUCGAGAUUGCUGGAGGCCUGGGGCCCUCUGCGGGCAUGGUCUUACGUGUGGGGCUGAUGGGAUGCAACAGCAGCAUAGCCAGUGCUGACUUAGUGCUGGCAGCCCUGGGAGAUGCGCUCAAGUGCUGCCACAAGAGCAAGGUCUAAGGACUGUCAGGGAUUCCAGACUCAGUCAUUUUAAGGGCAAAAGGAUGAAGAUGUUACACACUGAAGAUAACAUACAGCAGCACUUUGCACAAAAGUGAAAUGGUACACCUAACCUGUAAGCAAUAUUUUCUUGUAAAAUGAAUAAAGACGAUUCUAACA